GUCUUCGUGUAUAGACAUCAUAAGUGAAUGCAUUGACUCGAAUCGUAUUCCCUCGACAUUACUGUCCGCUCAGACUAUAUGUGAUAUGAUAUCGACAAACAAUUCCGUCAAUUGUAUUGAUAUCAAGACUUUUUUCAAUGAAAAUCAAAAUAUGAUUGAUAUGAACAGCGAGAAGACAGAUGUGCUCAUAAAUCCUUAUGUGUCAGCGCCUGUCGUUUGGUUAAGUUGUUGGAUGUGGUGGAUGAGUGCCACCAUCUGUGCAAAUGUGGACCAAAGGGGCAUCUCAUUGAUUGUCAUAAAUGGAUGUAUUAGUGAUUGUCUUCAAGACUAUCGACCCGUUUGUGCCAUCAAUGGCCAGACAUUUCCCAAUCAAUGUUAUGCCAAAUGCAACGGAUUUUCUGAUGAGGAAUAUGUAUCAGAAAGAUGUGAAUCAAUAGUGGAUUGCGUUAAAUGCACUGAAAAUCAAAGAUGUAUAAAGAAAAGUCAAGUGUGUCUCACAUCAGACCAGUGCCCACAAUAUGAAUGCAUAUCCUCACCGAUCGAUUGCCAACUUUUUGGCACAAACCCUGUCUGCGAUACUAAUGGUCUGAAUCAUCAGAACUUGUGUUGGCUUUUGAAGAAACGACAAAAUUUUAUUGCUCCCAUUCCGGACCCGUGUGUGCAAUGAAUGGCAUAACGUAUGCCUCGGAAUGUGUUUCGCUCUCACAUGCCGUUCCAGUGGACUACUAUUCAAACUGCAAUCACACCC